CAGGUGGCGGCGCGGGCGCGGCUCGCGGUGACUCCCCCGGGCCAGGGCGGCGGCGGGCGCUGAGACCUCGGGCCGGAUGGAAACUGGGGGCGAUGCCAGAGCGGCACCUCGGCGGGGCGGCAGAGGCGGCGGCCGUGGCGGGGUUCCAGCGACUGCCGAGCCCGGCGCUCCCCCGGCUGCGGACACCGGCGUGAACAUGGAUGGGCCCGGCGGCGGGGGGAGCGGGGCGGCCGCGGGCACGGACGCUUCUGCAGUGCCGGGAGCCCCCGGAGCCCCUGGAGCCCCCGGGGCCCCCACCCCGCCGCCCCGCGGCCCCGGCUCCAGGGACCCCAAGCUGGUCCACCAGCGGUUCCUGCGGCGGAGCGUGGUGGAUUCGGACCAGGAGGAGCCCGCGUUCGACCUGCCCGAGGCGGAGCACCAGCGGAGAAUCAUCCUGCUCCCCAAAACCAGGAGGAUAAUCGCGGAGCGGGCGAAGGCGGGGCAGGGGGCGGCGGAGGCGGCCGGCCGGGAGGCCGAGCCCCCCGGGGAGCCGCGGGCAGCGCCGGCCCCGGGCAGCGCCGCGAGCGCCGAGGAGCAGAAGGAGCCCGGCAAGGAUGCGGAGCGCAGAGAGGCGCAGGAUGCUGCCAAGGACCAGGGCAAGGCUAAGAAAGAGGAACCCGAGGAAGAGGCUGACAUGAAAGCCGUUGCCACCUCGCUGGAUGGCAGGUUCCUAAAGUUUGAUAUUGAACUCGGGCGGGGAUCCUUCAAAACGGUCUAUAAGGGUCUGGACACGGAGACGUGGGUGGAAGUCGCUUGGUGUGAACUGCAGGACAGAAAGCUCACAAAAGUGGAGAGGCAGAGAUUUAAAGAGGAAGCAGAAAUGUUGAAAGGUCUACAGCACCCAAACAUCGUGAGGUUUUACGACUUCUGGGAGUCGUGUGCGAAAGGCAAGAGAUGCAUCGUGCUGGUUACCGAGCUGAUGACCUCUGGAACGCUGAAGACGUAUCUGAAGAGAUUCAAAGUGAUGAAACCAAAAGUCCUGCGGAGUUGGUGCCGGCAGAUCCUGAAGGGUCUUCUUUUCUUGCACACGAGAACUCCACCAAUAAUUCACAGAGACUUGAAAUGUGACAAUAUUUUUAUUACUGGACCAACUGGAUCUGUGAAAAUAGGAGACUUGGGUCUGGCAACCCUCAAGAGAGCUUCGUUUGCCAAAAGUGUAAUAGGUACACCAGAAUUCAUGGCCCCAGAAAUGUAUGAGGAACACUACGAUGAAUCUGUGGAUGUCUAUGCGUUUGGAAUGUGCAUGUUGGAAAUGGCUACCUCAGAAUACCCUUACUCAGAAUGCCAGAAUGCUGCUCAAAUCUACCGAAAAGUAACCUGUGGUAUAAAGCCAGCGAGCUUUGAGAAAGUUACUGAUCCCGAAAUUAAAGAGAUAAUUGGGGAGUGCAUCUGCAAAAAUAAGGAAGAAAGAUAUGAAAUUAAAGAUUUAUUAAGCCAUGCCUUUUUUGCUGAAGAUACUGGGGUAAGAGUGGAACUUGCAGAAGAAGACCAUGGUAGGAAAUCCUCUAUUGCCUUAAGACUCUGGGUAGAAGAUCCUAAGAAACUGAAAGGAAAACCCAAAGAUAAUGGAGCCAUUGAGUUUACUUUUGAUCUGGAGAAGGAAACUCCUGAUGAUGUUGCACAAGAAAUGAUUGACUCGGGAUUUUUCCAUGAAAACGAUCUCAAGAUAGUUGCCAAGUCCAUACGGGACAGAGUAGCGCUGAUCCUGUGGAGGAGAGAGCGGAUCUGGCCGAGGAUGCAGUCGGAGGAGCGGCGGGACUCGGAGUGCCUGGAGAAGCUGAAGGCGCCGCAGGCGCAGCAGGUGCAGGUCACGUACCUGUCCCACACGGGGCACCACAUCCUGUCGGAGCCGGAGGAGCCGGAGGCGGACCAGCACCCCUUCCAGCAGAACCUGCCCACCAGCGUCACCUCCGUCGCGUCUGACAGCACGUUUGACAGCGGCCAGGGCUCCACUGUUUAUUCUGACUCCCAGAGCAGCCAGCAAAGUGUCAUCUACUCGUCCCUGCCCGAUGCAGUGCCCCCGGCCAUCCAGCGGGUGUACAGCCCCCCCCUGAGCGAGAGCCAGCCCGUGCCCCACAGCCUGCCCCAGCUCGGGCACUACCAGCAGCCCUCAGCACCUGUCCUCCCCGCGGUGCCGGCGGCGCCCGCCGUGGUGCCCCAGCACUACCAGGAGCCGGCGAUGCCGUUCCCGGUUGUCCAGCCCACCACGGUCGCCUCCCUCCCGCUGGGGCAGCCGCCGCCGCCAGUGCUGGCCGGCCAGCAGCAGCAGCAGCCCAUGUCCCAGGCGGCCCCCCUGCCGCAGGUCCUGGCCAGCCAGCCCGUGUGCCCGCUCCAGCCCGCGCCACACCUGCUGCCACAGUUCCCGGCGCAGGGCUCGCCGGUGGCAGCCAGCAGUGCCCCCCUGAAGCCCCUGCAGAUCUCCACUGUGCCGCAGCUCCCGCCCGUGGCCCCCUCCCAGAUUCCUCAGUUUCCUGUCAUUCCUGCAAUUACUCCUCUGGCAGGCCUUGACAGCCUUCCUCCAAACCUCUCUGACAUCCCUGCUGCAAACGUGCCCCCCAUUCCUGCUCCUUCCCAGUACUUUGCUCCGGCCGUGAUCCUGCCCAGCCUGCCCAUGAACCCCACCCUGCCCAUGGCCCCCAACUCCCCUGCCCUGCCCAUGCAGGCCGUCAACCUGCCUCACACCACCGUGGCUUCCCUGGUCCUGCCCUGCCAAACCAUAGUGCCAAACAUGUCGGCUGCCACGAUCCCGCUGCUCGCCGUGGCCCCGCCGGGAGUGCCAGCGCUGCCGCCGCACGCCGGGGUGCCCCCGCUGCCCCAGCAGCCGAUGUUCCAGCCCACCUUCCAGCAGAUCCUGCCGAGCGACGCGCCCUCUCCCCACCAUGCGCAGAGCACCCAGGCCGUGUCCCAGCCGCAGCAGCCGCCUCCUCCUGCUCCUCCGGCGCUGCAGCCGAGCGUGAUCCACCCUCCCGAGCCGGCUCUGGCCGCGCCGGGGGCUGCUCACCAGCCCAUGCCUGGACACACUCAGUUUGCUUUGGAAGCUGGAGCCCAGGUGCCCGUGCUGCCGGUGCAACCUUCGAUAGUCAUGUCACCGCCGUUGCAGCUGCAGCCUGAACUGGUGCCGCCCUGCGUCGCUCCCGAAGGCGCUCCCCAGGUCCAUGGCAGCCUGGCCACAGCCAGCCCGCCCGUACCUAUAGACCCCAGCCUGCCUGCCCAGCCCUCUGCUCUGCUGCAGCUCCAGCCUGAUCUUUCCCAGCCACUGGGCCAGCAGCUCCCAGCCCCCUGCUCGGCUGUCCCGGCAGGCGCAGAGACAUCUCAAGAGGAGCAGGCAAUACAGGACAAACUGCAAACUCUGUCCCAGAGCUGUGAAAGCUACAUGAGUCCAGAUGUUGCCUCGGGUAAAGAGAUGAGUGACAGCUUUGAAGGAGCAAUAGGAAGUGGAAAGCAAGAAGGAAAGUCUUCGAAGAAGCAUAAGAAGUCCACGCGCGCUCGUUCACGCCAGGAGAAGUCCAACAGACCCAAACUGACCAUAUUAAAUGUGUGUAACACGGGGGAUAAGAUGGUGGAGUGCCAGCUUGAAACCCACAACCACAAAAUGGUGACGUUCAAGUUUGAUUUGGAUGGUGAUGCACCAGAGGAAAUCGCUACUUACAUGGUAGAGAAUGAGUUCAUCUUGCAGAGUGAAAAAGAGACUUUUAUUGAGCAAAUGAAAGAUAUCAUUGAUAAAGCAGAAGAUAUGCUCAGUGAGGAUACAGAAGGAGAGCGAAGUUCUGACCAGGGAACGAGUCCCCAGCAAGAUGCUGAUAGGCUGGAAAUGAGCGAGGAGAAGCGUCAGUCUCAAGUGAAGACACCUGUGUAUCAGCAAAAUGUUUUGCAUACUGGAAAAAGGUGGUUUAUUAUAUGUCCUGUGGUGGAAAAUCCAACUACGGAUGCCCCCGAAUUUUCCCCUCCAGUACCUCCCAGUGCCCAGCAGGCAGAAGGGCCAGACCCGGAGCAGGAUGAGCAACCCGUGAGCUCCGCAGUGACAGACGUGCCCGAGGUCGGGGCUGGGCAGCAGCUUCCUCUGCCCGGAGGAGUCUGUGACAGCCCCCUCGGAGCUGCUCCAUCCUUGGCACCAGCUCCCACUGCAGCAACUUCCACCAGCGUCCCGAGCCAGGCAGAGUUACCAGCCUCAGCACUGCUGGGAUCUGCCCCGAACAUCCCGGAGCAGGCGGCAGCUGGCGGGGCCCAGCCGGAGUACCCCCCAGCCGUGGCAGCGGUGCCCCCUCAUCCGGGGGGGCUGGAGGAGCCCCCCGACGCCGCCCCCACAGCCCCGCAGCUGCCGCCGCCGGCAGACGAGGCUGCGUGUGUGCCCGACGUGGAGAUCGCCUGCUGCAGCGUGGGGCCGCACAAGGCCGUGCCCGCGGCUCCCGGCCCGCUCCCGCUGCUCCCGGACACCGUGGUCCUGGAGCGGCAGCCGGUGGCACAGGUACCGCCGCUGCCGGAGGGCGGCCAGCCCGGCUCGGGGCCGCUCACCUUCGCCAGCCAGCCCUUCCCCGCUGCCCCCGAGGGGCUGGGGCUGGCGGGGUCCCAGCUGCAGAGCCCCACGCAGGUGCCGCUGGCUGCAGCCCAGCCGCUGGCCGCGGUGCCACCGACACAGCCCGUGUCCGGCCCCGGCGCGGGAGUCGGGCUCCUGCAGCAGCAGAACCCCCCUGGCACCACCGAGUCCGAUGGGGAGGGACCCCCUCGGGUGGACUUCGUGGACAACACGAUUAAAAGCCUCGAUGAGAAGCUGCGCAAUUUGCUGUACCAGGAAUAUGUUCCGACUUCCUCUGCGUCAGCUGGGACGCCGGACACUUCUGUGCCACCCGAACAGGGUGACAGUGAAUUUACCUUGCCACCUUUUCCCGAAGAACAAGGUCCUGCAUUGGUGUCGGAUGGGAGGGAACCAGGCUAUAAUGUCCCAGACACCAGCCAGGACGUGAAAGCUGCUGCCAAGCCACCGGCGCCCCUUGUGCCAUCGGAGGUCUUGCCCUGCCCACCACCGUCGGAGGUCACCAGCGUCAGUGCACAUCCCUUGGAAGCAAGAGGUGGGUCAGCAAGCGGAACAGGUCCAGCUGCAAGCGUCGCUUCAGCUCCUGCUGCUCCGGCAGAAGGUCUCCUUCAGGUUGCACCUACAUCAUCAAGCAUAACUCCCCAGCUGGAAGCUUCCCAGAGGAGCGAGGAGGCAGAGAGGAUGGCUUCGCCUGCGCGCACGGAGAGUGUAACGCGGCGAUCGACAGCAGAUGGGGUGAUGAGUAACCUUCACAGGGAUGGCUCCCUAGACUCUGGUUCCUAUGGCAAACAGGCUGAGGCUGAGGAGAGCGGCACCCCAGCCAAAACCAUCGGCAGGUUUUCAGUUGUCAGCACGCAGGAUGAGUUGACUUUGGCGUCCCCGCACUGCCUGAGGUUCUCGGCGCCCCCGGACGUGUACCUGGACGAGCUGCCCUCCAGCCCGGACAUGAAGGCGGCCGUGCGGCGGGUGCAGACGGCCUCGUCCGUCGACGUGCUCUGCGACCAGGCUUCCAGCGACUCCGCCGACGAGCCCUUCCCUCGGCAGCCCGCUGCUGCUGCCCAGCUCUCCCCCCCCAGCAGCAGUGCAGCCACGGACUUGAUCAAAAAGGCUGCUGCUUUCCUGCAGAGGUCUGGCAAAGGCGGCUCCCCAGGCCUGGAAUCACCCAAUGGGCAAGGGGCGAAGAUUCCCACCAUCAACAUAACGUCCUUCCACUCACAGUCGUCCUACAUGAGCAGCGAUAAUGACUCAGAGUUUGAAGAUGCUGAUAUGAAGAAAGAAUUGCAGAACCUGAGAGAAAAGCAUAUGAAGGAAAUUGCUGAACUCCAGACCCAGCAGAAGAAUGAGAUAGAGGCACUCUAUAUUCGGCUGGGGAAACCCCUUCCUCCCAACUUGGGCUUCCUUCACUCUGCCCCGCCGAGCGGCCGGCGCCGAAGAACCAGCAAAAACAAAUUGAAAGCUGGGAAACUCUUAAACCCUCUGGUCCAGCAGCUCAGGAGUGGAACGUCAAGCACAAGUAAUCUUUCAGACUCUAAAGACUCACCCCACAAAGAAACAAGUAAAUCCCAGCCGGGCUCCCCUGAAGCAGCCGCGGUGACCCUCCCCACACCCCCCACCUUCGGGAAGGCUGUGCAGACCCAGCAGCCCUGCUCUGUCAAAGCCUCUCUGUCCUCUGACAUCUGCUCCGGCCUGGGCCCCGACGGAGCCGACGCCAACGCAAGCUCUGGCCAAGGCUGGACGGUUUUCCACCAAACGUCUGAGAGAGUGACCUAUAAAUCUAGUAGCAAACCUCGUACCAGAUUCCUCAGUGGACCUGUGUCUUUGUCCAUCUGGUCCACCUUGAAACGACUAUGUCUAGGCAAAGAUCACAGUAGUAGAUCCUCGACCAACAGCCUGGUGACGUGUCCUGAGCCCCUCCCGCAGUCGACGCUGCAGGUUCAGGCCAACAACAGUAACAACAAGAAAGGGACGUUCACAGAUGACCUGCACAAGCUGGUGGACCAGUGGACGAGCAAAACUGUUGGAGCUGCACAGACAAAACCUUCUUUAAACCAACUGAAGCAGAACCAAAAAAGGCAAGACAUGGAGCCAAAGGCUAACCCCAUGCAAACACAGAAUGAGACAUGUGGAGUAAAUUCGGUAAGGACAGGACUGGGGAGCAAGUGCCCUGUUCCGGUGGCUUGCCCCAUGCCCACAGGAUUAGCUCCUGGAGCUCCACCAUCCCUGCCAGUGCCUGUGCCAGGGCCCGCCCUUGCUGGCGCGGUGACACCGUAUGUGAUGCCUCUCUGUCAGUACGGAGGAGUUUUCCCCAGCCCCGUGUACGGGGUGCCGUGGCCGGGGCCGAUGGCGCAGCCCGGGCUGGUCGGGGGUCCCGGCAUCGUGCGGUUCUCUCCCCUCAGCAGGAGCUGCCUGCGGAUGUACCCGGUGCCGCUGCAGCGCCCGCCCGCCCGCGCGCCCGGCCCGCGGCUGCGCAUGACCUAGCGGGGCGGCCUGGCCCUGGGGACCCUGCCACGGGCAUCCUGCCAGGGGGGAUCUGGCCGUGGGGACCCUGCCACAGGUAACCCUGCAAUGAGUGACCUCGCCAUGGGCACCCUGUCACGGGUAACCCUGUCGGGGGGUGACCUUGCCGUGGGUGACCUUGCAUGGGUGACCCUGCCACGGGUGACCCUGUCAGUGGGUGACCUUGCCACGGGUGAUCCUGCCAUGGGUCCUGGUGAUUUUGACGCCGUCACGUGGAGUGUUUGCUCUGUGGAUGAUCCGUGUGGGCCGGGGCGGGGCCCGCGAGCGCACAGCCAUACCCCGCGUCAGCAAUCACUGUGAGGCGGCGUCACGACAGAUCGUUUGUGCUUAUGGCAAUAUCUGCUUCUGUUCCAUUGCUGAAGACACUUUAUUCCUUGUGUUCUGUUUCACACUUGCGAUCCUUAAUGUUGAUGUACUUGAAUUGAUGACUUGCAAAUUGUACUAACCCUGCAGGACUUCAGUGCCUUGAAUCUCAGCUUUCCAGUCCCAGCUGGAAAGAGAUGUACAAUUAUUUGAAAGGUGUAUUUUAUUUACUGCUUGCCAGUUGAAGUUCUUUUUAUUUGCAAAGAUAUUGCAGGUUUACAGUUGACAUUCCUCAUCGGCUUAAUUUUGCUGUAAAUGCUUUCGUUUUUAUUCACGGGUUGAAUUUUCAUUUCUGAAGCUUUUAAAAAAAAAAAAGAAUUGUGAGGUGAGGUUUGUUCGACACGUUUGUUUGACGCACUGAUCAUAAAACUGUUUGUGUUUGUACAAGGAGUAGUGAAGUGCACAUUGUAAUGUAGGAGUAUUUACAGAGUGAUCCAAGGAAAGUGCAUACAAGGACAGGGAAUAGCUUCAGGCAGUGCAAUCCGUUCUCCUCCCCAGCCUGUGGUAAAGUCGUUGUAAAGGCGGCUUACUGCAGUAACAGGCAGCAAAAAUGCUGUUUUCCUCUGGAUCAGCAGCACAUUGGAUUUAAUUUCCUUUUCCUAUCUGGGCUUUUAUAAUUCAGUUAAAUUACAAGCUCAUGCAUGUUCCAUAAGUGAAGAAAACUAGUGGAACUCUUGAUCGUAGGAGAACAUAUCUCCAGGGGACUGUCAGACCCGUGUAAGUACAGCGCUCGCACGGGCUCUGGCUCCGGUUCGGCCACCAAGGCUCAGGGUGGUGUCUGGCCACUGACAGAGUUCGUGCUGAAACAGAACAGAAUAUGAAGCUGUUCUUUCUCAUAUCUGACACUUCAGGUUUGGAGUCUCACCACCUUUCAUAUGGAAUUUUUUUUUUUUUUUUUUUUUAAAUUUAUUUAUUUACUUUUAUUUUUACCAAAGUUUGCGCUCCAGGUGGCACGGACACCUCUCUCCUGUUUGAAAGUUGCUUUUUGCCCGUUUUACUGUGCGUAGAGUCUCCACCUGCACCUCAGUCUAAAGGCACAAGGUAACCACUAGGCCUGUUUUGCCGAUGGUAAGUCUCCUUCCCUCUGAAAGCGCUGCGGGAGCGUUACAGGCACAGGACCCGGAGCAGUGGCCAUGCCCAAAGGCGCCGUCACUCCCUGGUGAUGAUGCUUUAUACCAUCUGCUGAAGGGCAGAGAUGUCCUGUGCUGCCAAGCUGUGAAUUGUAUAGUUCUAUUGUACCUCGAGCAUUAUUAUACCUGUCUAAAUUAUUUUGUUUGUACCCUUUGAAUAUAUUAUUCCAUCAAUUCAGUUAGAAUUGAAUUUUAUAGACAAUUAUGCAGAGUCUUCUGCCUGGGCAAAAUACUUACUGUAGUAAGAGAUUUCUGUUCUCUGUACCAUGUAUCUUUAAUUUGUUUGAGUUUUUUAGAUUCAUGUAUGUAUGCUUCAUGAGCAAACAUGGAAAAUAUGUUCUCACACCGGGUUCCCUUCGGCUCGCACUGAAUCCUACAGAUUAUGUCGCUAUUGCCUGUAUAGUCCAUCCCUUGUAUACUGACAAAGUCAGUGGCACUAAAAGCCCCGAGAAAUUGUAUAGAUUAAAAAGAAAAAUAAACAUUUUGUGCUUGAAAA